GGGAAGCCAAAGUAGCCGGAGCCACGCCUUCAUGACUAAGCAGGCGUGUCAACGUUGUUUAAUGAAGCCGUAGUAGUGGUAAUAGGAGCUGUACUUUAGUUAAGACGGUGUAUAUGGCGUGUUGACAACAUACUAUUAAGAAAUAAAAAUGGUCAGGAGUUUGUAACCCACAACUCCUUAAUAAGACCCUCACAGAGUUCGAGUUAAGUGCAUAAAUCCGUUUACUUUAUUUCUCUAAUACGCGGAAGAGAAUAGCAAACACAAACCAUACGUAUCAGUUUUAUUUGUAUUUGCAGUUACAAAGGUGGAACUUGGUUUUGAAGUCGUAUCGAACCGACCUGUUACAUUAAAAAAGUUUGUGUCCGUAUACUUGGGCGGUAUGGUUUCAGUGUGGGUGGUUAUCCUAAUGCUGUUUUUAAUUAUCCCAGUGUUGAUGAUGAUAAGUAGUACCUUCAAGUACUAUUUUAGAAUAUAUUCUUACCUCGCAUAUUUAAUGCUACUGGCAACAGUGCUAAUACCAUGGUGUCUGGUAAUGUCCGGAGGCAGGAGCAUUAACAACAUGAGGUAUGUCCGCGCAGUGAUGCGUCAAGUCAAAUACGUGUACGGACUGAAGAUGGAAGUCGAAGGGGAAGAGAAUUUCCAGGUAGAGGGGCCAUAUGUUGUCAUCUCCAAUCACCAAAGCUCCAUUGAUAUGAUGGGUUUGAUGGAGGUUCUUCCUGACCGCUGUGUUCAGAUUGCUAAGAAAGAACUGAUGUAUGCUGGCCCAGUAGGCAUGAUAUUGUAUCUUGUUGGUGUCAUCUUUAUCAACAGGAAACGGACUACUGAUGCCAAGAAUGCUCUGGAUGAAGCUGUACAAACCAUUUUGAAAGAUCAAGUAAGAGUCUGGGUGUUUCCAGAAGGAACAAGGAAUCAUGGUGGUGACCUGCUGCCAUUCAAGAAAGGAGCUUUCCAUCUGGCUGUGCAGGCUCAGGUUCCAAUUAUUCCGGUUGUGUAUUCCUCAUAUUACAGUUUUUACAGCAAGAAAGAAAAGAGAUUUUCAACAGGAAAUAUUAAGAUCCGAAUCCUUCCUAAAAUUGAUACACAAGGCUUGAGCACAGAUGACAUUCCAGAACUCUUGGAGAAGUCCUACUCUGUAAUGAAAGAAGCCUUUUGGGAAAUAUCUGGUCAUUUGAAGAAUGCAAAUACAAACAAUGCUGCUGCUUGUUCAACGUGAUGUGGUUAACCACAAAGACUUGCCACUUAAGGCUGCGAAGAGGAAAGACUCCUUAUGACCAAAAAACAAUCAAGAGUAUUUUAUUUUUAGAAAGCGAAAUUCUGUAGCUUAUAUUAAAAAGGUGGGGAUUAUUUAUAUAGUAUUGUCUUCAUAGAAGACUUUCACAGCGAUUUCAAAUUCUGUGGCAAUCACUUCAGUGCAGUUAUAUUAACAGUCUAAAAUUCUCUAAUUUAAUUUGUCUGUUUCAGUGUUUGUGUAUUGCUGAACAGCUGGUCAAGCAACCAAAACUUCUGAAUGUUCAUUCACAUUUUUGGAGCAUCUGAUGGGAGCAUAAGUAUAUGUGGUGUGAUACAAACUGAAUGUUGUACUUUAGCUUCAGAAUAACUGCUACAACAUCUAGUCUCAGGGUUCCCUGAUGCGUGUUAUAACAGAUUAGUGAUACAGAUCACAAAAUGGGCACUUUUGUAUUUGUAAUUAUUUUAAAUGGUAGAACUGUGUGUUGUUGGAAACUGUCGCUUGCUAAUGCUGUACAAUGUUUAUAGCUUUAUAUUUGUUUUUGGUAGUAUAUAGUUACAAAUUCUUUUGUAUAAAAAUUAAACAAAGCAAGUAGUCAUUUUAUUUGUAUGUGGUAUUAAAUUUUGUGGAAAAGCACCCGUUCUCAUCAGUGUGUCGUUUAAUGUUUCAGUGUGAGCACAAUAUAAAUACAUUUGACUGUUUCACUGUAUUGUUUGUGUUUAAUCUUUCCUCAGUGUUAAAGUUGUAAAUUAAUGCAAGAGUAAUUUGAAUAGUAGCUGUUUGGAUAAUGGUUUUCAUUUGGUUAUGUAAAGAUGCAGUGUGCUACAUGAAUAAAAGCAGUCUUGAAAUCUGA